GUGGACGUCAUCUUGUUUCUUUGAUUACUUUUAAAUGUACUAAUUUUAGAAAAUUUAACUGAUCUAUUCAUAAUUUUUAAAGGUGUUUUCAAAUAGCCACAAUAUUAAAAGAAUUUAAGUCAUGUCCGUGUGUUAAAAGUAUUUAUGAAACAGUUCAGUGAAUGUGACGCUACAUGCAUUGUGAUUUGUGUCGGUGAUGUAAUUUAGGAGAUUGGGUGGCUUCGUAGUCGCAGGUACUACAAUGGAAGAAUCCUCAUUCACUAUCCCAGCUGACGACAAUGGUGAGACUGAGCUCGACCCUAGAAUACAGGUGGAGCUUGAAAAGCUGAACGCAGCCACUGACGAGAUUAAUAAGUUGGAAUUGGAAUUAGAUGAAUCCAUGAAAACUUUCCACCUGCUCCUGAACGAGACAUCCUGUAGACUGCAAUCGCUCACGAAGAGAUUGGGCACGUGUGUGGACAAGUCCCGGCCGUACCACGACGCCGUGUCGGCUGCGAUCACUGCCCGGGCAGAGUGCCAACGCGCCGCGGUGCAGUUCCAGAGGGCUAGUGAAUUACACGCAGCAGCGAAAGAAACGGUCAAACUAGCGGAGCAGCGUUUCGUCAGUAAACAGGACGAGUGGCAGUUUGACAGCAAUUGGCAGGAGGUCCUCAACCAUGCCAUCAUCCAGGUUAUGGACGCAGAGAAAAGGAAAGCAGAAAGUGGUCGUGAGCAUCAAAAGAAAGCCGCUGCGUAUAUCACGGCCGAACGAAAGGCAGCCCAACUGGAAGAAAACUUGAAACGGAACAUCAUAAAAUCAAGAGUAUAUUUUGAGGAGAAGAAAUUGUGCGACGAACAAUUACAAGCACAAAACGAGAAAAUAGAAAAAUUACAGCGUCUCAUAGCAGACGCAAAGUUUAGAUAUUCCAAAUCUUUGAAGGCAUUGGAAGAAAUAUCCGAAGAGAUACAUAGACGCCGAGGGGAAUAUCCACCAGGAAAGGACUCUAUACCAGUUGGCCCAAGAGAACCCGGCGUAGGCGCAGAAAGAGAUCCUAUACACGACGAAACACAAACGGGAACUGAGAAAGAUGACGAAUCAAGCCUCCAAGAACUAACGAUGCGUGUAAGAGAACUAGCCUCGAAACCUAUAGACAGAACAGAUGUGGAAAACGACGAAGCGUGGGCACUAGAACUAAAUGAAACCAUUAAUAAACUAGAUCAACUCCUAAUGCUCAAGGAAACGAAUCAGCGAAAGAAAUCCAAAUUCACAGCCAGCUCACCGAGAAAUUCUAGCGCUCCGUCAACUAGUACUAACACCGGCAAUAAGUUUGACCCACCGAGUGACAAUUUCACCAAGGAGACAAAUUUAUCCCGAACCAAAUCCAUAAGUCGCGAAGUUAUAUACGAAAAUGCACACCCAAUAAGUAAGAUUGAGAAAUCUAAAAGUAUGAUGUCGCUGGAUGUUUUAGCAUUAGCUAGAGACGCAACUAUAAUGGACCGAGAGUCUUAUCUAAAAGCUGUUAUCGAGGACAAGUCUCCAACUGGAACGUAUACAGAGAGUAAUUCUGACAGGAAUGACAGUCCAGACGACAUUUUGAUGGUGGAAUGCGAUUCCAGUGAUUCUACUCAGAAUCCAGUUAUAAGAAUGACCAGCUCGACUAUUACUGAUAGUGAUAACAGCUAGACGUCUAAAAAAAUGGGUUAAUUUGUCGUGUUUGAUAAGGAAUUUCUAACCAUCGCCAUUGAGGAAUCUUUACUAUUACAAAUGAGAAAAUUG